AUGGAGACACUGGAUGUUCUUGAUCUACCCCAAAUCUAUACCCGACCAUCCGCCGAGGCACUCCUCAAAACGCUCGGACUUUUGACAAUCGCACCCCAGUCGUGGGACGUUGAUCAAAAUGCAGAACAUACCAAAUUAGAACACUCCGAAUACAGAGAGCAGACCACUACGCAGAGAGCGGUUCAGGUGAACCCUGAAGGCGUCACACGAUACCUCACAAGCAUUGUGAGCAGUCCUCUCAAGUGGAUACACGACGACGAAAUCAAAGAAGAGAUAUGGAACCAGGCGAGUUUCCGACUCAGCGAACGCUCUGGUCGAACCGCUAUGGGCGCACUAUCUCGCGAGUUCCGCAUACCUACGACUCAUGACUCUUUCAUCUUGAGCAUUCACGAACCUGCCUUGACUGGCGACGACCUUGGCCUAAAGACUUGGGCCGCAUCAUAUAUGCUCUCUAAACGACUGCACCAAUUUAAUCUGGUCAAGACUCCACGCGAUUCAAGGUCACGUAUUCUAGAAUUGGGGUCGGGUACCGGACUGGUUGGACUUGCCAUGGCUGCUCUUGGGGCAGAUGUCGUUCUCACGGAUCUACCUAGUAUACACGAAAAUCUCGCGCGCAAUGCGAAAGAUAAUGCUGCAAUUGUCGCACAUAAUGGUGGUUCAACACGUACUGGAACACUAGACUGGACACAUCCUGCAUCUUGCGAAUUGUACACCGAUGGCGUAGCCACCAAAACACUUGACGCUGCCACUUCGAAGUUCCCUAUCAUCCUUGCUGCUGACUCACUGUAUUCUCCGGAGCACCCUCCCAUGUUAGUCGGCACGAUUGCAGCAUGGCUGUCUGAAGACGCCGAUGCCAGGGUCAUUACCGAAUUUCCAUACAGAGAAGCCUACCUGCCAGAGAUCAGAGACUUCAGGGAGCGAAUGGAACGCAUUGGACUUCACAUUUUGGACGAAGGCGAGGAGAGUGGCUUCGACGACUGGGGGGCAUCUGGAACAGCUGAUGGCGAAGAAGACAGAACGCUCCUGCGGCUCCACUCCUCCUUUCGUCAUAAAUCCACAACUUUUUGGUCGCGCGUGAACAUCUUGUCAGACCUAACAGACUCUCAGAACCCCUCGUUCGUCCUCAAAAAGAAAGACGAAGUCGUGUACGAAGACCGCCCGAUCCCCGAGCUACCCUCUCCAUACGAUGUCCUCGUGAAGCCCAAAUGGACGGGCAUCUGCGGAUCUGAUGUCCACUACUGGGUCGAGGGCCGUAUCGGGCACUUCGUAGUUGAAAAACCCAUGGUUCUUGGCCACGAGUCGGCCGGCAUCGUUGAGAAGGUUGGCGAUAAGGUCAAGACAUUGAAGGUUGGCGAUCGUGUCGCUAUGGAACCAGGUGUUCCAUGCCGUCGCUGCGUGAGAUGCAAGGAGGGCAAGUACAAUCUUUGCCCUGAUAUGGCUUUCGCUGCUACACCACCCUACGACGGUACCUUGGCCAAGUACUACGCGUUGCCCGAGGAUUACUGCUACAAGCUUCCCGAGAACAUGAGUCUUGAGGAGGGCGCGCUCAUUGAACCCACAGCUGUCGCAGUCCACAUUACAAGACAAGCGUCGAUAAAACCAGGCGACUCGGUCGUGGUAUUCGGUGCCGGUCCGGUGGGAUUGCUGUGCUGUGCUGUUGCAAAGGCCUACGGAGCAAAGAAGAUUGUUACAGUCGACAUUAACGACGAGAGGCUAAAGUUCGCACUCCAGUAUGCUGCAAACGCCAGUUUUAAGAGUGCUCGUGUAAGCGCAGAGGAGAACGCAAAGAACCUCAUCCAAGAGUGCGAGCUUGGUCCUGGCGCAGACGUUAUCAUCGAUGCCUCAGGUGCAGAACCCUGCAUCCAGACUGCUAUCCACGCCUUGCGCAUGGGCGGCACAUACGUUCAGGGCGGCAUGGGCAAGCCAGACAUCAACUUCCCCAUUAUGGCCAUGUGCACAAAGGAGCUCAACGUCAAGGGCUCGUUCCGCUACGGUGCAGGUGACUAUCAGACAGCCGUUGACCUUGUUGCAAGCGAGCGCAUCAGUAUCAAGGAGCUAAUCACAGGGAAAGUCAGUUUUGAAGAAGCAGAGAAAGCGUUCGCGGCUGUCAAGGAUGGCAAGGGCAUCAAGACCCUUAUCGAAGGGCCUAAGGAGUAG